CUUGUCUCCUGAUGGAGUGGUCGAGCACCCCAGAUCGCGGGGCUAGGUACAUCGUGCUGCACAAUAAAGUCAGUUCUGUUCUCAGAAAAUCGGCCACCUUCUCUCCUGGCUCUCCUCAACUGUAAUCUCGUCGACCAAUAUUCGAUCUUCCUGCUACUUCUACACAAUGGCAUCCUCCGAAAAGCCUUGGACUAUCAUUGUUGGCGCAGGGCCAUCGGGCUUACUCCUAGGUCUAAUGCUUGCGAAAAAGGGUGUCAAUGUACAUAUCUUGGAAGCUGCUUCAGAACUGGAUGACUCUCCUCGCGCGGCAUACUAUGGUCCUCCAGCUGCUUACGAGUUACGGCGCGCUGGAGUUAUCGACGACAUCCGAAAGGAAGGUUUCGAUCCAUGUAUGACUUGUUGGAGAAAACUCGACGGCACAUUUCUUGCCGGACUCGACAACAGCUAUCUGCACGACUAUCCAGAUCGGAUAGCAUGUCUGCCCUUGGCUCAGCUGGAUCGCCUUCUUUACAGACACGCAAUUGCUCAACCUACGCUGAAAGUAUCCUUCAACCACAAAGUCGUGGAUAUCGGCCAGGAUGCAGACAAGGCUUGGGUUGACGUGGAGACUCCGGAGGGCCAAAAGCGCUUGGAGGCAACCUAUAUCGUUGGCUGUGAUGGAGCUUCCAGUAUCGUCAGAAGGUGUCUGUACGGAAAGGAAUUUCCUGGGUAUACCUGGGACAAGCAGAUUGUGGCCACAAACGUGGCCUACCCAUUCGAGAAAUAUGGCUACGACGACGCCAACUUCUUUAUUGAUCCCGAACAUUGGCACAUGGUUGCUCGACUGACGAAGGAGGCCGACGGUAGCGGUUGGUGGCGUGUAAGCUACGGCGAGAUCAGCGGUCUUAGUCGAGAGGAGCUGAUUGCCCGACAACCCAUGAAAUUUGAGGCCAUGUUGCCCGGACAUCCCAAACCUGGCGAUUACGAGCUUGCUGCCAUCAGUCCAUAUAAGAUCCAUCAGAGAAUUGUGGAUAAGAUGAGAGUUGGGAGAUUCUUGCUUGCAGCCGAUGCGGCACAUCUCAACAACCCUUUCGGUGGUUUGGGUCUCACAGGUGGUUUAACCGACAUUGGAGGUCUGUACGACUGCAUGAUCGGCGUGUAUGAAGGCAAGGCCGAUGAGAGCAUUCUCGACAAGUACUCAGAAAUGCGGCGACACAAAUUCCACACCGUGACAGAUCCCAUCUCAACAGACAAUAUCAAGAGAUUAUUCGACCAGGACCCAGACAAGGCGAUGGAGACUGACGAGUUUCUCAAGUUGCUCAAGAGCAUGGAGAAUGAUAAAGAGGCACAGAAGGAGUUCAUGAAAUCUCCCAUGGCAUUGCGCUACGAUUUCACCCAGCAUUAUAAGACGAACGAGACACAGGCCCAGCAGAACGGAACGAAGAAUAACGUUGUAUCGCAUGUGGAACAGAUAGCAGCUGUUGGAGUAGAUGGCUAGACAGUUUGAACUUGGAACAAAGAUAUACUGUCACAAGACUCCGUACCUAGGUGACUACCUAGUGAGCUAGGUACCUGACCUUGGAUGUAGU